CGUAACUUUGCAAGUGCCAAUCAGCUUUCCAGCGCGCUGCCCUGUCGAACCCUGUCGCUCUUAACAACUAAUCAUCGCUGCGUCAAGAUUGGAUCUCUCUUCACCUGUCUUCAACAUCGUUUCAUUGAGCAAAAGACUAGGACCACCGAAAUGGCAAGAAUUUCGGAGAAAGUCAAACAAACAAACGAUGAAAUGGGAUCUUCUAGUCUCUUCUCGAAGCAGUAGCUGGUGAAGUUUGGUUUUCAUCACUGUCAGCAACUCCUCAAGUACCUCAGGCCGACGACUCUGCCCGCCGCCGGAGGUCCAUCGAGGCCCAAAGACGUCAAGUACCGUUGUGUAGCGAACGCCGAUUCAGCGGAGAACCCCUUCCAUCUUUGAACGUUGGCAUAGAACCUGAGGGUCGAUGGAACUCAAUUUCCUCGAGGGCCUUGUCCCAAUCGCACGACUUAACUCGCAUAUGCUCAACACUGAAGCCACGAGAAUACUCCUGAACGUCAUACUGUUACCUUCGAGCGCAUCAUCUAGUUCAAUAUCGGACCCUGCCUCACCCUGCCUCACCGGUAAAGACUACAUUUUAUCCCCACAUCGUCUCCGGUAAACACGCGCCAUACCCUGCAGCCAUGCCUUACUACACGACCACCGGCACCUCCUCCGCAUUAGCAAACGAUAGGUCAGGGUAUCAAAAC